AUGAGCUCUACCGCCACCGUCACCGAGCAGCCUAAGAUCACAGCAGAAAACGUUGUGCACCUUUUUCCCGAUGUCAAUACAGCCGUACUUGGAGGGUCGCAUGACUCUGCCCGCAACGACGAUGCGCUUGCCGGCUACGAUGAGGAGCAGAUCAAGCUGAUGGAUGAGGUCUGUAUUGUAUUGGACGACGAUGACAAACCUAUCGGAAGCGCCAGCAAGAAAGUCUGCCACUUGAUGGAGAACAUCAACAAGGGACUCCUCCACCGCGCCUUUUCUGUCUUCCUCUUCGACUCCCAGAACCGACUCCUCCUCCAGCAACGAGCGACCGAGAAGAUCACAUUCCCGGAUAUGUGGACGAACACUUGCUGCUCGCACCCUCUGGGCAUUCCUGGAGAGACUGGAACAACCUUGGAGGAGUCGGUUCAGGGUGUUCGACGUGCGGCGGUCCGCAAGCUUGAUCAGGAACUUGGCAUCAAGUCUUCCCAGGUACCCAUCGAUGACUUCAAGUUCUUGACGAGGAUACACUAUAAGGCGCCCAGUGAUGGCAAGUGGGGUGAGCACGAGGUUGACUACAUCCUCUUCAUCAAGGCCGAUGUCGACCUUAACAUCAACCCCAACGAAGUCCGUGACAGCGCCUUCGUCACCCAAGAUGAGUUGAAGGCUAUGUUCCAGGAUAAGUCGCUCAAGUUCACACCGUGGUUCAAGCUGAUCUGCGAGACUAUGCUCUUUGAGUGGUGGAGCCACCUCAACUCCGGCCUUGAGAAGUACCUUGGAGAGACGGAGAUUCGAAGGAUGUAA